CACCGAUGCGUGUGAAUGCUGCGUCUUAGUCGCCGAGUUCUGUGGGAAGAAAUCUGCGGAAGCGCCCCACACCGAGCUACCCGUGUGCGUGUUUCUCAGAAUGUGAAGGCCGCCGAGUGGUCCGAGUUCUACGGGAAGAAAUCCGCGGAAGCUCGCCAGUUCGACUUGUCUAAGAUCACCGACCGGACGCUGAAACAGCAGCUGGAGAUCCUGCGGGAGGAGGGGAGUGGAGCCCUUUCGCCUGACAAGUACGCACAGCUGAACGCAGUCAUGGGCAACAUGAGCAACAUCUACAGCACCAGCAGGAUCUGCUAUCCAGACGACCCAAGCAAAUGUCUGAGACUGGACCCAGAGCUGGAGGCGCUGAUGGCGAGCAGCCUUGACUACGACGAGCGUCUCUGGGCCUGGGAGGGCUGGCACCGCCAGGUCGGGCUUCUCAUGCGGCCCCUCUACGAGCAAUACGUGGAGCUCAAGAACGAAGUGGCCACCCUCAACGGCUACAUGGACUACGGGGACUAUUGGAGGGGCAACUACGAGGUGAAGGAGGAGUUCGCUGGGGGCCCUGGCUACGCUUACUCACGCCGACAGCUCAUGGAGGAGGUGCAGACCCUCUACAACACCGUGGAGCCUCUGUACAAGGAGCUGCACGCUUACGUGAGACGCAAGCUGAGGAAUCAGUACGGGAGCAAGGUCAGCCUCACGGGAGGGCUGCCUGCACACCUCCUGGGUGACAUGUGGGGACGCUUUUGGACCAACCUCAACUCCCUCGCCACUCCGUUCCCCGACAAGCCGAGCGUCGACGUCACGCCUCAGAUGGUCGCCAAAGGCUGGCAGGUGAAGACGAUGUUCGAGUCUGCGGACCACUUCUUCCAGUCGAUCGGCCUCCAGCCGAUGGGCGCCAGCUUCUGGAACCACUCGAUGCUGGUGCGGCCAGAGGACGGCCGGGAGGUGGUGUGCCACCCCACCGCGUGGGACAUGGGCAACGGCCGGGACUUCAGGAUCAAGAUGUGCGGCAAGGUGAACAUGGACGACUUCCUGACGGCGCACCACGAGAUGGGCCACCUGCAGUACGACAUGGAGUACGCGCCGCUGCCCUGGCUUCUACGGGACGGUGCCAACGAGGGCUUCCACGAGGCCGUGGGGGAGAUCAUGAGCCUCUCGGCAGCCACGCCCGCGCACCUGGGCAAGCUGGGGCUCCUACCGCCGGGGUUCACGGACGACGAAGAAACCGACAUGAACUUCCUGCUCAAGCAGGCGCUCACCAUCGUGGCCACGCUGCCCUUCACGCUGUCGCUGGAGCAGUGGCGCUGGAAGGUCUUCUCCGGGGACAUCCCUCGGAACGAGUGGAUGAAGACCUGGUGGCAGAUGAAACGGGAGAUGGUGGGAGUUGUGGAGCCCAUCCUGCACAAUGAGGACUACUGUGAUCCAGCCGCUCUCUUUCACGUUGCCAAUGACUACUCCUUCAUACGGUACUACACGAGGACCAUUCUGCAGUUCCAGUUCCAGGUGGCUCUGUGCGCAGCGGCUGGUCACAAGGGUCCCGUCUACAAAUGCGACAUCAACGGCUCUAAAGAGGCCGGCGAGAAGCUCAUCAACAUGCUGAAGCUGGGCAAGUCGGAGGCGUGGACGAAGGCGCUGGAGCAGGUCGCCUCCACCACCGCCAUGGACUCCACGGCCCUCAUCGACUACUUCGAGCCCCUCUACCGCUGGCUGCAGGAGGACAACCACAGGCACGGGCAGACGGUGGGGUGGGACCCCGACUGGGCGCCCUACAUGAACGAGGCCAUGAAAGUGAGGAUCAGCCUGAAGGCGGAGAUGGGGGACGAUGCCUACGAGUGGAACGAGGUUGAGCUCUAUCUGUUCCGCUCCGUCACGGCCUACGCCAUGCGCAAGUACAGCCGGGGCCUCGGGGAGGAGGUGCAGUACGACGUGGACAACAUCGUUGUCUUCAGAGAGACACCGAGAGUCUCCUUCUACUUCCUGGUCCGGCACCCGGGCGACGCGUCCACCGUGGUGCCUCUAGCAGACGUCCAAGCCGCUGUCAGGGCCUCCCGCCACCGCUACAACCGAGCCCUGCUGCUCUCCGACGCGUCGCUCGAGUUCCUGGGGGUGGCGGCGUCGCUGGCGCCCCCCCCGGCGCCGCCCACCACCGUGUGGCUCGUCGUGUUCGGAGUCGUCAUGGGGGUCGUCGUCGUCGCCUUCGCCGUGCUCGUCACUCAGGGGCAGCUGGCGCGAAGGAAGAGGAAGAAGCAGCAGGCAAUGGGGGAAGGUGACGGGGAGAGUUUGGAGCGCGUCAGCCAGGGUGACCUCAACCCCUACAGCAGCAGCAGCAGCUUCGAGAUGGCCAAGGGGGUCGCCCCCCACCCAGCGGAAAAGGGCCUGCACGGCGCCAAGGCCGAGGACGAUGACGAGGACGAUGACGACGGGAAGAAGAUGAAGAAGAUGAAGAGCAGCAGCGGCAGCAGCGGCAGCAGCGGCGGAAACUGCAACCCGGGCCUGGCGCGGGAUGACGAUGAUGGCGAUGGCGAUGGCGACGGCGCCAGCCAGCUCCGCACACAGAUGUAGAACGGGACCGCGUGCGGUUACUCAGUGUCCGCUCCGUCGCAUCGCUGGCAGAGAGCCAUUGCGUGCAACCCGGCUCUGCCACUGGCGAGGUCGCAAGCGACGCGGCCCCACCGCGAUCACCACCACCCCCCCCCUCUCCCACCACCACCCUCCACCACAACCGUUACGGUCGCUUUUAACAGACUCGACAGAAAUUCCGGAACAUCGUUUUGGUUUUUUUUUUGACAUCCGAGAAAGCUUCGGAGUAUGUUUUGGUUUUUCAUGCGGUCUGUUAAGCAACAACACACACUACACUACACACACUACACACACACACCAGGACAAAGAUCCCCCGUGUUAGUCUCUAACAGGACUGUAGGGGCAAGUGCU